CAUUCUUCUAUGCAUUUGUUCAACUUGCUCUCCCACUUAACAUGCAUUUAUCUAUUAAUCUAUAGCCUGUUUGAUCCAAAUUUAUUUUAUUUUUUCUCAAAAGCUUUUUUCAUAAGUUUAAAAAGAAUACCUUUUCCCUAAAAAUAUUCUUCUGAAAAGAACUUUUUUUAAAAAAAUACUUUUAUAAAGUUUGGUUAAACACUAAUUAAUACUCAAAAUACUUUUAAAAUUUAUUGAUUAAAUACAAACAACUUUUCACUAAAAAUAUUUUUUUUAAAAACACUUAUAAAAAAAAAAGCACUUUCCAAAUAAGUUACAUUUUAGAAGUUUGUCCAAAAUUGUGGGUAUUAUCCAUUUUAGCCUGUUGAAUGGUGAGACUAUUGCUAUUUCUGCUCAUUCAUUGUACCAAACAUAAGAGUAGUAAGAUGUGAGUGGGCAAGAGAACCAAGAACACACAACCCUUUCUUGUCUAAUUCUCCCUUGUCUGAUUUCUUCAACUAAUUUUUCCUUUUCUUGUUAAAGGCAGUUGGUGUUGGUAUGGAUGUUAGUAAAGGGUUCACAUUUAAUGAAGUGAAUUCUGUUCGGGCUAGUGGCAGUAAAGUUGUUUGUUGUCACUUCUCCUCUGACGGAGAACUGCUAGCUAGUGGUGGCCAUGACAAAAAGGCUGUUUUAUGGUAUACUGAUACCUUAACGCAAAAGGAAACACUUGAGGAGCAUGCGUCUCUCAUUACUGAUGUUCGUUUCAGUCCAAGCAUGGCAAGACUUUCAACAUCUUCUUUUGACAAGACUGUCAGGGUUUGGGAUGCCGACAAUGGCUACUCAAUUCGCACUUUCACUGGGCAUUCUGCUGGUGUACUCUCACUUGAUUUCCAUCCUAAUAAAGAAGAUCUCAUCUGUUCUUGUGAUGGUGAUGAUAAAAUAAGAUACUGGAAUAUUAACAAUGGCAGCUGCACAAGAGUGUUCAAGGGUGGUAUGGCUCAGGUGAGAUUCCAGCCCCACAUUGGUAGAUAUCUUGCUGCUGCUACCGAGAACGUUGUAUCGAUACUUGAUGUGGAGACACAAGCUUGUCGGCAUUCAUUAAAGGGUCACACAAAACCAGUUCAUUACGUCUGCUGGGAUCCCACUGGUGAACGCCUAGCAUCUGUUAGUGAAGACUCUAUCAGGGUUUGGACAUUGAGGUCUGGCAGUGAAGGGGAUUGUUUACAUGAGCUUAGCUCAAAUGGCAACGAAUUCUACUCAUGUGUUUUCCAUCCUACAUACCCGUCAUUGCUUGUUAUCGGCUGUUACCAGUCUUUGGAGCUAUGGAACAUGAACGAGAACAAGACAAUGACCCUCACAGCUCAUGAUGGAUUAGUUGCUUCCUUGGCUGUAUCGACAGUCACCGGUUUGGUUGCUUCAGCUAGUCAUGACAAGUUUAUUAAGCUCUGGAAGUAAUUAUAUGCUCUAACCAUGGUUCCUUUUGGAGCCCAUGUUCUAUGUCCAAUGUAAAAUAUUUUAUUGGUGUCUGAAGAGAGAUUUGUUUCUGUUUUCUUAGCAUUAGGUUUUGUGCAUUUCUGUCUAUGAUGCAUUAAACGUUCGUUAUGUGUGUGGUUCGUACAAGGAUUGAACUACAAGGGUCUAAUUUAAUAGUUAAUAUUUCUAAUAGAAUUUGCUAUUCAAAAACUAUACAAAAA